AUUAGAGUGUGUCCACAUAAACAAAAAAUCUCGAUUGCAUAUCGAUAUUGAGUUUUGACUGUUGUUAGCCCUGUUAAUAGUAAAUUUUAAAACACGCAAUACGCAAUAGGUAUACUCGAAGUACAGCAUUGAAUACUUGCGUAAAAACAUGUAUUUGUUUUGUUUUGCUAAGAAUGUUACAUGGAAUUAAGAUGAAAAUAUUUUUGACAUAAAAAAUACGAUAGUGUAAAAAUGUUUAUUUACGUAAUGUUCAUUUUCAGUAGAUUCCGUACUAUUUUUUUAAGGGAGUUCCAGAGUUUUAAAUAACUACAUUGUUUUGUUUGAUUUUGUUUAACAUUGUCUUAGUGAUAUAGAAUUUGCAAUAUUCAUUUGUUUUUACUUUAACAAAAGUGUAGAAUCUGUUAACAUAUCGUUGUAAUUCUUUUAAGUUGUGUAAUAUUAAAGACAAAUUCGUUGGAGAAGAAGAUAGGAAAUAAAAAACUUCUUGUAAUAUUAAUGUUUGAGGUAAUCAAAAAUAUGAAUUAUUUUUUCGACUAAUUUGUAUGUCUUUUUUAUAGAGGUCGUGUAAGUAGCUUCAUAUUGAUAGUUGUUAAAGAUUUAUCAAUUUAUUACAUUUAUUAAUUUUUAUUCUAACAAAUUUAUAUAGUUGUUUACAUUUUUAUUUAUCAUGUAUUUAGAAUUCAAGAACAUGUUUUAUAUAAUGUAACAAAUUAUUAUUUCUGAAAAUACAGAAUCUUGUGAAAAUAUAGUUAUGGAUACUGAAGAUAUAAGAAAGCAUGUUUCUACUAUUGGACAAAACAUUCAAUUAGUAACAGAAAUGAUUUUGGGAUCAGUUGAUACAACAGACUAUGACUUUGAAAAUAAUACGGCCAUAGCUGGAUCUUCUAACAGAAUAUGUGACAAUUAUAAAACAAUAAAAUGCAAAGGCAUUGAGCAAGAUAUGGAUGUAGAAGAAUUGAACUCAAAUGAAUUAUAUAUCAAUAUAGACUCAAAUGAUUCUGAUACAGAUGAUUCUUUUUCUGUCAUUUCUGAAGAAUCUUCUUCCAAUAAUUCUUUAACGUCUUAUGAACGGUUACUUGAUGGCAUAGAAUUUUCUAAUGCUACAAUUGUGCAUGAUGAUGAUCAUAUUAUACCAUGUGCUUCAGUGGACAUAGAAAUCUUUGAAGAAAAUAAUAAUGAUCCAAACAAUAAUUUAGACUCUACACAAAGUUACCAGGAACAAACAAACUUUUCUUCAGAAAAUACUGCUAGUAUACAAAGAAGAAAAACUGCAGAAUUUGAAAGUAAUUCAAUAUCAGGCUGUAGUAAAGAUUCUGAUAUACAAACCAAAAUAAGGGAAGAAGCAUUGCAAAUACAUAAUUUGUUACCUCAAUUUGCUUAUGAAACAAUUUAUAAAGUUCUGAACAAGCACAAUUUUGCAGAAAAUCGUGUUAUGCUUAGUCUUUGGGAUUUAUUAUCAACACCGAUAUCCAUAAUGAAAGUUGCGAAUGAUAAUUCUGUUAAAGGUUGUAGCCAGAUGAAGAGAGAUAAUACUUUGAUAUUUGCAAAAAAUGUUGAACAAAAUAAAAAAGAAAUUAAUUAUAACAAAAAUCUAGAUGAAGAUAUUGUAAUACUAAAUGAUAUUGAGAAUUAUUCAUUAAAUAAAGAAAAUGUACAAAACACUGAUAAUUUUCAAGGUAAAGAACGUGUAUCACAAUUAAAACAAAAAGCAAUAUUAACAAAAUUUAAUACAGUUUGUCAAUCUACACAAAAUAGAAUAUUACAUCCACCAAAAUUAAUACUUAAUAACAAAACAUGUGAGAGGCAAGUAACUUCAUAUAAGAAUUCUAUUUUAACUCCAGCAGUAUGGACAGAAAUGUACAAAAUUUCGAAAAAUAAAAACAAGUUGAUGUAUCCAAAAAAAUGUAAAAAUAGUGAAUUUGUAAAUAAUAAAAAUAUAUCAUUAGGAAAAAAUGUAUUUCAACCAAAUUCAAUAAAUGCAAGAGUAAUAAAUGACAAACAAAUCAAAUUGGGAACAUUAGAUAACUAUAUGCAAUAUUUAAGUUACAUAGAAAAUGUUAAGAAACAAAAAUUAUACAAGAAUGUAAAGAAUUUCAAUUUUCCAGGAAGAAAUCAGACACGUCAAUAUUUUUUACAUUCACAAUUCAGAGUUUCUGCUAAGGAUAUCUCACAAUACAUUAAUAAAAAUAAUAAGUUAAAACUAUUGAAUAUUCCCAAUAUAAAUUGCAAUACCUAUGAUGCAGCAAAAUAUUCUAAAACUAAGAAAGUUAAAUUAUUGAAACCUAAUAAAAUAUCUAAAGGUUCUAAUGAUAUGUUGAAUAUUGAAACAGUGGAUUUAACAGAAGAUGAUGAAAGUUUUCAAGAUUUACUUAAAGAUGCAGUAUCAGCAAGUACAUCAUAUGAAAUUGCUUCAACUAGUACGAUACCUCAAAACUUACAUACUAAUUCAUCUCAUGAUACCUCAAUUCAAGUGACAACAACAACAGUAACUGAUCCUGUAUCUGCGACCAGUUCAAAUAAUCCAAGAAACUCAAUUUUUUCAGCACAAUCAUCAUUACAAGAACUAGCUACAGACUUGGGUAUUGAGAGAUCUCAAUUUUCAGUAACUGCUGUACCAGAAAAUUCUACAGUAUCAUCACUAACAUCCACUGACGAUAAAAGAUUUAAUCCAUCCAGUUCUACUGGGUUUAAUAAUCCGUCUUCAUCCCAAAUAUUUGAAAGUGUAGAAAAGGAGAAAUAUAAUAUACAGGAAACGGAUAAUCAGUCUUCAGAAUAUAUACAAAUAUAUAAAGAGUUAAAAUCUAUAUUUCCUCAGAUCGAUGAAGAUUUCAUUAAAGACACAUGCUUAAAAUUUUUUAAAAUGGAAACACAUAGAGUCCCAACUGAAAUGUUACAAAACUUGAUUGAAUAUAUACUUGAAAACAUAGAAACAUGUCCAAUCAAAAAGCAAAGUAAAUGUGUUUCUAGACAACAAACUUGUGAUAUAAACAAACAAGUUGCUAAUUUGUCAAGCAUCUUUCCAAAAGCAGAUGUAACAUAUUUGAGAAAAAUUGUACAAAGCUUGAAGGGUGAUGAAAAUGCUAUAAUAGAAUUUAUACAAACCCAAUGCAAGAAUCCUACUUAUAUGACAAAAGAAGAAAAAUUGAAAAGGAUAAGUAUUACAGAACAACAAAAGCAAUAUACUAGUAAUUUUGAUGUUAAAAAAUUUUUAGAAGUAUUCCCAAAUCCAUUUCAGUACUUUGAAAAUCCAAAUAGAAAAUGUGAGUACAAAGUUGAUGCUUACAAAUUCAUAAAAUCUCGUUUCAAAUAUUUGCAGGAGAUUACUUUGCUAUUCAAGUAUACAGCCUACGAAUUCAACUUAAGUUUAACUGUACAGGCAUUAGAAAAACUGGAAACUGAUGCAUGUUCAGGCCCAUUUAUAGGUGCAUGGGAAAUAAAUCUUUCAGAAGAUAUUCCUUUGUUGCAAGAAUGUGCAUUUAUAAGAUACAGACAACAAAUUAAAGAUUAUAUGAAUAAGAUAGAGGAAGAGAAAAUGAGAGAAUUCAAGAAAUUAAAGAAAAAUAAUGAGCUACUGGAAUGUCAGUGUUGUUAUGAUAAUGAAUGCAUGCCAUCUAAAUGCUCCACAUGUAAUGAUGGACAUAUAUUUUGUAAUUCGUGUAUCAUUAAAGGUGUUAAAAUAAAAUUAGCACAAGGAGAUACACGCAUGUUAUGUUUUGUAGAAUGUAAUGAAGAAUUCAACCUUUCUACAUUAGAAAGAAUAUUAUCACCAACACAGUUUAGUAUUCUUAUUAGUAAGAAACAGGAACAAGAAGUAAUGGCUGCUGGAUUGCCAGGUUUAGUUUCUUGUCCAUUUUGCACAUUCGCAUCUAUACCACCUCCAGAAGAUAAAAUCUUCAAAUGCCUUAAUCCUGAAUGUAUGAAAGAAUCAUGCAGAUUGUGUAAAGAAUUAAACCAUGUACCAUUAAGAUGUUAUGAAGAAAAAACUGAUAAAGCACGUUUAGUUUUGGAAGAAAAAAUGACAGAAGCACUUGUAAGAAAAUGUUACAAAUGUGCUAAACCAUAUUUUAAAGAAGAUGGUUGUAAUAAAAUCACCUGCUCGUGUGGAGCAAUAAUGUGCUAUAUAUGUGACAAGCAAAUUGAGGGAUAUGGUCACUUUAAUAAUGGCAGCUGUCCAUUAGAGAGCGAUAACCGUACAUUGAAUGCAGAUACAGUUAAUGAAGUUCUUAAACAAACUUUAAAAUAUUUAAUAGAAAAGGAUCCUAAUGUACAGUUAGAUGCAUCCAGAUUUUUGUUGCAUAGUAAACGAUCUAAAACUUGUAAUGCUGCGCUUUUGGAACGAGUAAAUAAGAUAACGAAGUUUGACAUGUAAUAUUGUUUUAUAUAUUUUCUUUUAAUUGAUGCUACUCUGUAUUGCGCAAGUAUAAAAAAUUAAUCUCAGUUUAAAUCUCAUAAUUUAUAUUGUAAAAAGUUUCAUUAAUCUAUAAAUUAAUCGAGAGUAUAUGUUCUUUUUGUUAUUUUUAUUUUUGUGUUAUAUUGUUACUGAAGUACAUGAUUGUUUCUCAUGAAUAUAUGUAAGAAAAUGAUAGGUAUACAACUUAAAAUAAUUACAGUUUAUAUAAUCAUUAUGUAGAGAAAAAUAUUCAUAUAUUCCAUUUUAUUGAUUCACAUUUCAAGUUGAUGUAUUAUAAGAACUGAAGUACAAACAAUUUUUAAUAAGAAAAUUUUGAGAACAGAAGAU